AUGAAACGAAAUUACUUUGAGAAUCAUGAAGAAAAGACACGUGGUGACAAUCAUCAUGAUGAUGCAAGAUUGAAUCAUGAGGGUCUUCCAACUAAGAAACCAAAAGUGUGGAGACAAAGUACACUUCUUUCCUUUUCUGUAAAAGGACGACAAGUGACUUCCCAGAAAGAGUCACAACAAGCAUGUUCAUCAACAAUCCCCAGUACUGAAGCACUAGUUGAGACGUUCCUCAUUAACGAUAAGAUUACAGGCACUCAAGUGAAAUACAUUUCGAAUUUUGUCUCACCGCAAGAUUCGAAAAGAUUAUUCAACAAAUUGUUGGAAACGUGCACCUUCCAAACCAAGGAUUAUAACUUUGGUGGAAAAAUUGUGACCUCACCACGAAAAUACACCUUUCUCACACGAGAAAGUCCACAAUUUUUCAUUCCAGAACUUGUUCAAUUGAAAGAACGCGUCGAAAAAUAUACUGGAGAAGAGUUCAAUGGAGUGUUAGUGAAUCGCUAUGUCAAUGGACAAGAUUCCAUCAUGUGGCACGCGGAUAAGGAAAAAUCAUUGAAAGAGGGCUGUUCGAUUGUUUCCAUAUCGUUAGGACAAGCAAGAGAUUUUCAAUUUAGACCUCGAAAGGAUGUUGUCAUCUAUGAUCAGAUCAAGUCGAUGGGAGUGUUUGUAUCUAACUCCAUGUUAUCACCAAAAAUAACAAAAAUUGUACUACAAAAUACAACUGGUCAAAUGGUUUUUAAAAACCAAGUCAUAUGUUUUUUAUAUUGA